AUGACCGACAAACAAAUUAGAGAAAUAUUUCAAAUUACUAAUGAUCCUAAUGAUAUCCCUACAGGGUUUUCAGUUAUAUCGUUAAAUGAGGAUCCAAAAACGUUAUUCACAAUAGAUGAUAUUGAUUCAAUUAUUUUGACACAACUAACGGAAAAUGAUAAAGUGGAAAAACCAUUAAGUUACUUAAACGAUUGUAUGAAAAGAUGCCAACAACAAAAAAAGUUUAAUAAGGAUAAUAAAGAACUGACUGAAUUAUUUCAGGAAAUAGAUAGAUUAGUUAUUGGAUACGGGUUAGUUUCAUUCCAAAUCCAAGAUUUUGCAAUAAAAGGUAGUUUCAAACAAUACAUCAUCGAUAUUAUCAAUCAAUUUGACAAUUUUUCUGAUUUUCUUUUGCAAAUUGUUCAUAGAGCCAUUAUAGAAGAUUCAAUUCUUGAGUUAUUAAAUUCUGUAUUCCCAACUACUAUCGAUUACAUAAUGAAUGAUCUACCCUCAUUUGAUCUUACAUCACCAAAAAUUUAUAAUCAUGUUUUAUCACUUUAUGAACUUUUUGUUAAUUUUAAGCCAGUUGCUGCUAUUUUUACAAAAGUUGAUGGAUUUUUCCCUAAUUUUGAUUGUCCUGCAAAUAGAAUUGAGAAAAUCACGACAUUAGGCCCUAUCUUAACUUUGUCACCAUUAAUGUUUAAUGUAGCCUCAAAUAAUUAUGGAAGUUCAUUAGAUUUAUCAAAACAACAUAUUUCCAUGAUUGGUGAAUCAUCUCAAGUAGAACACAAAGCAGUAUUAGAUAGAUUAUUCUAUAUCAUGGACAAGAUCAUACGAGGGUCUGUUGAAUCUAGAACUGAUGUCAUUAGUUAUUGGUCUAUGAUUGUCAACAAAAAUCAUUUAAGAAGAGGAGAACAUGCUGAACAAAAUAAGUUAGCCACAAAUUCCUUCAUGACUAACAUUUCUUUACUUCUAAUCCGAUUUUCACAACCAUUUCUGGAUAUUACAUAUAAAAAAAUAGAUAAAAUUGAUGUCAAUUAUUUUAACAAUGUCAGUGUCUUCAUUGAUCUUACGAAUGAAACAAGACUUAAUUCUGAUUUUAAAGAAGCUGAUGAAUUUUACGAUCAAAAUAAAUCAGACCAAGAUUCUAAACCAAAUUUUAUCUCCGAUUGUUUCUUUUUAAGUUUAACCUAUCUUCAUUAUGGUAUUGGUGGGACGUUAUUAUACGAUGAAAAAAUAACUCCACAGAUCAAAAGACUUGAAGAAGAAAUUGCUAGAUUGAAAGAUGUUAUGAAGGAUCCAUCUCCAAGAAGUAUAUUUUUCAACAAUGCCUUUGUUCAAGCCCAGGUCAAAAGAUUAGAAAAAUCGUUAAAAUAUACUAACUGUUUAAAACAUGCUAUGAAAGCGUUUUUCACACACAGAAAUUUACAAUUAGAAAUCUUUGACUUUGUAUGUGGAGCUUCAACAUUCCUAAUGAGAGUGAUCGAUCCAAAGCAUCAAUAUCCCUUUGCCACACUAGACCUUCCUUUAAUCCCAGAUCAAGUGGGUAUUGAAAACGUCGACAAUGCAGAUUAUCUAAGAAAAAAUGCACCAAUUCCAUUCAAAUACUACCCAGAAUUUUGUGUAGAAGGGCCUAUUAAUUAUACUUUGUAUAUUUCAAAAUAUGCUGCUUCACCAUUGUUCAGAAAUCAAAGGUUAAAUUCUUUUAUUGAAUUUUGUACUACAGUCCUUCGUUGUCCCGAAUUAGUAUCUAAUCCCCAUUUAAAAGGUAAAAUCGUCCAAUUAUUAAGUAUUGGAUGUAUGCCAUUGACUGAUAACUCUCCAGGGUUUAUGUUGCCUAUCUUUGAAGACAACGAAUUGGUGUCCAAACAUCUGUUAUAUGCAUUGCUAGAUUUUUAUGUUAUUGUUGAAAAGACUGGUUCUUCAUCACAAUUUUACGACAAAUUUAAUAGUAGAUACAGUAUUUCUAUUAUUUUAGAAGAACUUUAUGGAAGAAUUCCUAAAUAUAAAAAACAAUUAAUUUGGCAGUCAAAGAAUAAUAAAGAAUUUUUUAUAAGGUUUGUUGCGCGUAUGUUAAAUGAUUUAACAUUUUUACUGGAUGAAGGAUUGUCGAGUCUGGCUGAACUUCAUAAAAUCAAUCGUAAAUUAAAAGAGAAUUCCGGUAAUAACGGCGAAGAAACACCUAAUGAUGGCAGCGAAUCCAACAAUAUCCAAGAUUUACAAUCUAGAUUGGUAUCUGCCCAAAGACAAGCCAAAUCUUCUUGUGGUCUUGCUAGUAAAUCUAUGCAAUUAUUUGUUAUUUUUACUAAAGAUAUCCCUGGUGCAUUUGUAGUCCCUGAAUUAGUUGACAGGUUGGCCUGUAUGCUUGAUUAUAAUUUAGAGUCACUAGUUGGACCAAAAUGUGGUGAGUUAAAAGUCGAAAAUCCAGAACAGUAUUCGUUCAAUCCAAAAGACUUACUAAAAGCUGUUGCAACCACAUAUAUUAAUUUGUCUAGUCAAGAAGAAUUUAUUCAUGCUGUAUCAAGAGAUGGAAGAUCGUUUGACAGAAAAUAUUUCCUUAGAGCAACUGAUAUCUUAGGUAACAGAACUGGAAUGGUUUCAGAAGAUUUUUGUAAUAAAUUACUUAACUUUGCAAAAUUAGCUGAAGAGAAGAAAGAGCUUGAUAUUGAAGAAGACUUAGAUUAUGAUGAUGCUCCUGACGAGUUCAUUGAUCCACUAAUGUAUACUUUAAUGAAGGACCCUGUCACUUUGCCAACCUCCAAAGUAAAUAUUGAUAGAAGUACCAUUAGAGCCCAUUUAUUAAGUGAUUCUACCGAUCCAUUUAAUAGAAUGCCAUUGAGAUUCGAAGAAGUAAUUCCAAAUGAGGAAUUAAAACAGAAGAUUAUUGCUUUUAAGCAAAAGAGGAGGCAAGAGAGAGAAGCUAAAAUAACGGAACAGAACAAUAUUGAAUAA